GAAGUGGAAUAUAGCCAUUUACAAAAGCAUGGCAUGGAAAGUGGCGCCGAUGACAAGCACGUAAACAUUGGCAGAAUGGCCAGCAAGCUGUACAGCGUAUGUGUACAAGAUCAGCACAAUAACUCCCCAGAGGUAGUACGAGAAUCACUUAAAGAGAUGCUGCGAUCGGCUGGCAUAAAUGAAUGGCCCUUGAUACGUGAAUCAUACCCGCAAUACGAGAAGGUGUUGGAAAAGACAGGGCUUAGACCUGUGGCAACAAUAGCACCCGUUCCUCAUCCGCAGAAGCCACAAUACAUGUUAGCAGUGAACGCCCCUCUUCCUCGGUUUGCGGCGUAUCCGGACGCGAUGGUGAAAAUCAGCAAACGUCGCAAAAUGCGCGAAGCGUACAAGAAUCUGAUUCGCGUGGUGCUAAACUUGUUUUGUGAAACCCAAAGUGACAAAGUCGAGCCAACAACCAGUUCUAAUGACGAUGCGUAUGAUUAUUCGAGCAGUAACGAGGAGCACAGUAGCGUGGUUGAGGAAUCACAGAAUGAUGCUGAGAAAGAGACAGUGAUUGAACAAAUCAUAUCCGACAUUAUUGAUGUGGAAGUAAACAUUGCUAAAAUGAUUAUAAAUGGUCGUGUAAUCGAUUACUACCAGACAGACACAGUGCAAAACUGGCAAAAGCGACUUGGAAGCUUUCCUUUUCUUGCAGGACUGGCAAUGGAUCUCACAAGAGCCAACAGAACACUGAAAAAUAACUACGAAGUAGGCUUACACCUUUUCAACUAUUUCAAAAAUUUGGCUAAAUAUCUCGAGAGCCUGGAAGUGUAA